AUGUAUAGCCAGGAUAUACUUGGAUAUUCGGUUAAACUUCCCGUUAAACCAUAUCCAGCCCAAAUCAAAACAAUGGAAACAAUUUUGGCCUGCUUAGAAAGAAGUGAGUCCGGCAUGGUAGAAAGUCCUACAGGUACAGGAAAGUCUUUUAGCAUCUUAGCAGCAGUCAGUGCUUGGAUUCAACGCAUGAAAACCACCCAAACAUCUGGUCCUGAUGGUUCCACUGAAGUAGUUAAAGUUUAUAUCUGUUCGCGCACACACCAACAAAUCAGUCAACUCAUUGAGCAACUUAAGAAGAUCCCAAAUCCACCUUCUAUGUCCGUACUAGGCAGUCGUAAACACAUGUGCUUAAACCAAACUGUACUUAGAGAUAACAAACUAGAUCUAGAUAGUGGUUGUAAAAACCAACGGAAUAAUGCCGGAUGUACUUUUUAUGAUAACAAAGAUAAGGUUGAGUCGUUAAAUGUUGGUGUAUUUAAUAUUGAAGAUGUCAGUAAGUACGGCCGUAAAGAAUCGGCCUGUCCCUACUACGGUGUACGUAAACUAACCGAACGGGCUAGUCUUGUCUUUGCUCCUUAUAACUAUAUCAUUAACCCGCUUAUUCGUAAAGCACUUAGUAUUAACUUAGAGAGUUCAGCUCUGAUUAUUGAUGAAGGACAUAAUAUUGAAGAUGCUUGUCGUGAUGCAGCUUCUAUGGAGUUAACUAUUCCUUUAUGCAAUAUGGUACAACGUAAAGCAGCUGAAGGUAUUGCUGAGUUAGCAACUGGAUGUGAUGAUAGACGGGAUGAAUUGAUAGGGGAUUUUAGUGCGAUUAAAAACAUUGCUGAUACGCUUAUCACUUAUAUGGAAGCUAAAGCAGAAGAGAUAAGAAUGCUUAGUCAGAAUCAGUCGGGAUUUAAUCAGGAGGUGGAAAUAGCUAUUGCUGAGCAGGAAAUGGUAGCAGAAAUGGGUAAAAUGGGUUUAUGUCCGGAAGCAGUAGCUCGACUAGUCGAUGCUUAUACGAGUCUUUCUCAACGCGACUUAUUAGGACCUCGUGAAGGCCAAGUUCUUUCCCAGAUCGUUUUUGUUGCCCAGAAUAUGUUGACUCCUGGUGAAACUCGCUAUGCUAUUAUUACGGCUGCUGAUAAGUUGUUAUUUAGUUGUUUACAUGCGGAAGUUCUCUUUAGGCCGAUUGAGAAGAUGGCUCGUUGUGUAGUUCUUUUAUCGGGAACUUUAACUCCUUUUGAGCCGAUCUGUACGGAGUUGACGAGUUUUGAGCCGGUGUUUAAGCACCAAGUCUUAGCCCCGCAUGUAAUUGGGAAGAAUCAGUUGUUUCCCGUUUGUAUUACCGGGAAUGGCCGGGAGAAGUUUAUAGGAACGUAUAAAGGACAAACUCCGACUUAUUUUAUGGAGAUAGGGAAGAUUAUUACGGAAAUAUCUAAGUCUUUAGGCCGAAUUGGUGGUGUACUAGUAUUUGCACCGAGUUAUAGUUCUAUUGAUAAGUUAGCUAAACAAAUUGGGGAGGUGACUGUUUAUCGGGAAUCAACUGAUAUGGGUAUGUUUGAAAAACAGUUGAGUCUGUACAAGAAGAAUAGUAGACAGGGAUUUUGUGUCUUCCUUUGUGUUUUCCGGGGUAAAGCUAGUGAAGGAGUUGAUUUUCGUGAUCAUGAAUCCAGAGCUGUGGUGGUGGUAGGUAUUCCUUAUCUUAGUAUUACUUGUAAGUCUAAUAUGUUGAAGAAGGAGUACAAUAAUCAGUACUUGCGGAAAUCGGGUCAGACUUGGUAUGAGCAACAGGCCUAUAAAGCGGUUAAUCAGGGGGUAGGGAGAUGUAUUCGGCAUAAGGAAGAUUGGGGGAGUAUUUUUUGGUUAGAUAGUCGUUAUUCAUUUACAAGCCAUCGUAAAAUGUUAUCUGGUUGGGCGAGUGAAUCAAUGCAGGUUUUAAGUAGCUGGAAUGAGGCUAAGCCGAAGUUUACGGCCUUUCUUAAGCAGCAUGUUUCGGGUGUGGAAGUAGAGACUAAUCGUGAAAACCUUCCUAAUGGUCCCGAUCAAGGAGCAGGAGUUAAGCGACGGCCGGGCAAUCUAACUAGAUACUUCCAUUAA